GCUCUUAAAAAGGAAAAAGAAGGCGAGAUAGAAGCUCUUAAAAAGGAAAAGGCUGUUAUAGAGGCUCUUAAAAAGGAAAAAGAAGAUAAUAUAGAGGCUCUUAAAAAAGAAAAAGAAGCUGAUAUAGAGGCUCUUAAAAAAGAAAAAGAAGCUGAUAUAGAGACUCUUAAAAAAGAAAUUGAAGGUUUGAAAGAGGCUCUUACAAAACUCCAAGAGGAAAAUGAAAAAAUUUCAACCCUUCGAGAAGAGCAUGCAAAAGAAAAGGCUGAAUUGGUUGAAAAAGUUAAAGACAGUGAAAAGGUUGAAGAAGAACUUGUGAUUGAAGAAUUGGAACGAUCAAAAGAACAAAUCAGAGACGAAGUAAUGAUGUCAACUCAAGGAGAAACUGUUAUUGCUUACGAAAAAAUGAAAAUAGAAUAUAAAGAUGAAAUUGCUGAACUCAAAGAUUCUCAUGCUAAAGAAUUGCAACGUAUGAAGUCUGAACAUGAUAGAGAGAUUGAAAAAACAAAGAAUGAAAUUCAG